GUGCACUCGUCCCUGCCCACUAUAUAAACGCGGAGCCCGAGCGGCAGGUACUUUUGGAGAGAGACACACAUUGUGUGAGUUCGUUCCUGGCAUAGGACAGCGCAGAUUGUGGACCAAACAUGGUUAAGUGCCCUAAGUGCUCUAAAGAAGUGUACUUUGCCGAGAAGGUGACGGCCCUGAACAAAGAUUGGCAUCGCACCUGCCUGAAGUGUGAAAAAUGCAACAAAACCUUGACUACUGGCUCCCUCUCCCAGCAUGAUGGGAAGCCGUACUGUACCAAACCCUGCCACCUGUCACUCUUCGGACCCAAAGGGUAUGGACAUGGAGCGGUCGACAGCCACAAGUACACAUGAACACAGGUUCCCGGCUUGUGCUGAGUCCAGGGCGGAGGAGGAAGAGGAGGAAAGUGCGUUUUGGAACAAUGACCUGCAUUCAAGUUUUUCCCAGUCUCUGCAAUCGUGCAGUAAUUCAGUGCAAUAGGAUUUCUGAAGAAAAUGAACCAAAGUCCCGAGCAGAACCAAGACUCAGCAGUUUGACAUUUCUUGGGGAGAGGGCGGGUCGGUGGGGGCGGAAAACUAUUAUUUUCUGUCCAUCUAGCCGUGAUUAUUGUGAACCUUGAUAGAAAUUUGCCCCGUUCUCCCCCCCCAUAUCCCCGACCUUUCUGGACUCCAGCAGGCUUUCGGAACCCACUGUCAGUUAGCUGAUGAAAGCACAUUUCUGUGGCAAAUGUCUACAAACUUAAUUGUACUGAUAAACUUCCAUUAAGUUGCUUGUUUUCACGUAAAACAAAAAUAAAGCAUCAUGUUAAACCUGA